CGCACAGCUGUGCGAGUGUGAAAACGUGUAAAAUGCUGGUGAAAAGCCCAGAGCCUGGUCCAGCUGCAGGUCAGGCGGUCACUUUCACGCAGUCGCAUCACGCCGUCGGAAUCUCCGGCAGCUGCGCAGACUCCGCAGCGUCACAGCAGGCAUUUCCUCCGCUCUGCGCGGAUUUACUGCGCUUAAUUCACCCAACUGCGCCAUUCAUAACCCGCAGCGGGUUAAAACACACAUCCGUACCGAGUGGAAACGGUCGCGCCACCGGAGCUCGGGUCUUCUUGACAGACUUGAACUGACGGUGCUCGCCUGGAUACCAGCUGAGUGUCCACAGUGAGACGUGCUCACCGAGUGGAGAACAUCAGCAGCCUAAGGAGCAGCAGCAUUGUCGCUCCCUAGAUCUGCACCAUUUCAUCAAAUCUAAUAUGGCAGAUCCCAGUCUAACAUCCCCCUCCGGGACACCACUGCGCUCCCCCAACGCCCCUCUUACCAUCUCCUUCCCCUUCUCGAGGGAAGGGAGCCGACUGUGGGAGGAAGGACGGGAGCCCCGACUCCCACUUGAACUACCCAGCCCACUGCCAACCAAACGUACCCGCACCUACUCAGCGACGGUUCGAGCUCACUCUGGCCCAGUUUUCAAAGGCAUCUGUAAGAACUUUUCCAGAUCACAAGGUCAUGGCUUCAUCCAGCCCUCCCAUGGUGGAGAAGACAUCUUUGUUCACAUUUCAGACAUCGACGGGGAGUACGUCCCAGUUGAAGGGGAUGAGGUCACGUACAAAGUGUGCCGGGUCCCACCUAAGAACAUUAAGGUGCAGGCCGUGGAGGUGAAGAUCAUACACCUCAAACCCGGGACGAAACACGAGACCUGGUCUGGACAGAUCAUCAGCUCGUAGAGGAUCUGAGUGGUGAGGCUGGUGGACGGCGGCCUCAGGCUGACAGACGCACUCUGGGACUCAUUAGCGUCUUCACUGAGCUCAGACCUCCUUUCGUUAGGAUUUUUGGACAUUUUUAAUCCCACAUAGCAAAAUACGUUGAAGUAUUACUGACUUAAGAGUGUUUUAAGUGUUUCUGUGUAAAGGUCUUAACUGCCAUCAUAUUCCACCCUUCAUAAGAAUAUGUAGUCAUUAGUUUUUACAUUAGUUAUAGUGCAAAUACGCUAUUAGUGACUUUUUCCAGAGUUUUCACAGACCCCAGCUUUGGCAACCACAGGUUUACAUCCUUCAGGGCUGACAAGCUAACGGCUAGUUCAAAUUUAGUCAAGAGUACAUUUUAUUGCGGCCAUCUAUAAACAUCUCUAAUCUGCUAAAUUUCAUAGCAGCACAUAUACAUAUUCUAUAAACCUUUACAGCCCUUUCAGUUCCACCUUAAACAGAACUUACAGGUCUGUGGUUAUUUACAAAUAAAAGUAUCACCAGCAGCAAAAAGUAGCACUUGUGGCACACCCUGGGCUGUGUUGCCAACUGACUUUGAAUAUAUAUAUCAACAUUGCCAGAUUACUGUUCAGUAACUGUUGAGACUUUGACAGGAAACCAUUGAACGUCCAGCGAGUGCCAUUGUUAACCUGUCUCCUGUCCCAAAGCAUUCCCAGGCAGCCCAGUCUUAAGCCUGGUUCAUGCUUCUCCGUCAGCUCCGCAAGAGACAGACACGCACGGAUUGACGGAAGCGUUUUGCUCUCGUACUUCUCCGUCUCCUGGAGAGUGUUGCAAAGCAAUUGCCCGGCAGGACAACAGAGGGCGUAGCGCUGCUCUUUGGUAUCCUGUCAUGUAUUGGUCCAAGAUAGUGUGUUUGUAUUGUGUUUUUUUGUAUAUAACACAGACAAAUUUGUCUCUCAUCCUCCUCCACCUCUUCAUGCGCUCGCCACCUCUAAACCCACGUUUCCUGUCAUUUCCGUCCACAAAUAAAACGCUUGCUGCGCAUCUUUUCACUCCUCCAGUCACGGGAUAAUUAAACGUUCAUGUUUUUAGAGUUUUUUCGCGAGGUAUUCUUCAAGCUGCUCCGUGUCUGCUGCUAGUUAUCCUCGGCUCCCUUUAUGUUUUUGAGGGCGCAAUGACAGCGCUGUAGACAACAGCAGCGUCCUGACCAAUCACAAGCUUGCGUUGUCCGUCUCGACUGACGUAUGUUUAGAAAAGAGAGCUCGACUCCAUCCGUCCUUGCGGAGCUCUCCGGCAGGCCCGCAAGGACGUUGCGUGUCUCCGCACUGACGCAGACGGAGAAGCAUGAAUCAGGCAUUACUCGGAGCAGGAUGCAUUAACCCCUCUGUGUUCGGGCUGCAAGUGAAUUUGCAUGAAUCACCAACACAAGACCAGUUGUGCAAAUUAGCCAAUGAUGUCAUUUGGGGACUUCUAGCAACUUUUUGAACAGCCAGUAGGUACUUUCUUUACUUAGAAGUUGGCAUGGCAACAAUAGCUGUGUUUCCACUACAGAAGUUCUGGGAAAUUACUGGGAGGAGGAAAAGUGACCCGGAUAUUUGAUGGCUUGUUCUUCUCAGCUGUUGGGUCUCCAUACAAAAUCUGCCUUUUCAGGAACUUUGCUAAGAUGUGCUUGCUGCAUCAAUAGUGAGUGAUGUCACCGAUGAGUUCUGCCACAUUAGUUUAGAAAUGGCGAUUUUAAAGCAGUGUCAAUGUUGCUAAGUUUCUUUUUUUUCCUAUCUGCUUCAUGAACAACUCUUCCAAUUGUAAUGUUGCUUGUUUGGCGACGUCUGCCAGCUUUGUUACAACCAAUAAGUUUGAGUCAAACACAAGUCCCACUCAGUGACUGGCUCUACCCGUUUUCUGGGUACGUACCCCUGUUCAGGGACUUUGCUGGUUCCUGAAAUGGCCCAGAAAAUGGUCCUUUUGGACCAGCUUGGUGAAAUAAAGACGCGAGAAUGCCACGAAGGUUCAGUAAAAUUACCCAAAAGUUCAGAUAUUGGAAAAGGGUGUAAUGAUCCAUGGGUCAGUCUGGGAGGAAUUUUUUUUUUUCAUUCAAAGACUGAAAUAAAAAAAAUUAUAAAAUAA